UCUAAAAUAAACAACUUAUUUCAAAGAUAUUAUAAACUUGUGAAAAAAACAAACGAAAAAACUAUGGCUUCAAAAAAUUGUGUUAAAAUAUCCUACAAAGGUCUUACGCGCCAAGUUUUAUGUGAUACGAAAUUUCAAUAUGAUGAACUUUUAUUAACAGUUAUGGAUAAAUUCAAUAUAAAUAAAAACCACAAAUUGGCCAUUGAUUUCUAUGAUGAACAGGGUCAUAAAUACAACAAGGAUACAUUUGAAUAUUUUCUUCUACUCUUUCCAAAUCCACAAAAAAUAUUCUUCAUACGUUUGGAUUCUUCAAAAAUUAUAAAUCUAUCUGCAGCAGAGGACCAGCGCUCUUUAUUGGAUGAAGAUGAUCGUAAGCCUUUUGGUAAAUCGAAAUUAAAUAAUAGACAGACAGAUAAACCGGAAACGGACACUUAUUGUGAAGCUGUUCCCGUAAGAAGACAAAAUUGUUUUCUUGGAGAAAUGCCCUCAUCUACAAUCACACAACAGCUAACCACUUCAAAUAAUCGAAAUUCCUCUCACAACAUAGCUUUGGAAAUUGUCAAAAGAAUGCGUCUUCUUAAGCAGAGUUCACCCAAAAAGAAACAUUUAAAUAAUCCUACAGUUUUUAAACGCUCAAUGAGAAUUUAAAGCAAAUUUCUUUUAAAUACCUAACUAGAGUUUAAGUUACAACUAUCUCAUGUUUAACAAAUCAGAACUGAACAAUAAGUUUAAAACUAAAUUAUAAAUCCUAUGAAAUAUUAUUUUAAUUUUUGUAU